AUGGCAGUGCCUGGAUUGGCUGCCAUUAUCAUUGGGAGAUGUGUUCGAUUGAUUGCCUUGACUUGGAUGAAUCAAUUGAAAGUGAAAAUUGGAAAACGAAAGUUAUUGAGCCAAAGCAUGGAGUUGAAUGAUCUAAGUAGUUUUAUGGUGGAAGGAUCGAGUGGAAAUAAUGGAAAUAGUGUGGAGCUGCAGAGUUUGAGUGGAGUUUCCAUUUCACAAUCGUUUAGUUCACUUGCUUUGGUGAAUAAUCAAGAAGAAACUACUACUGAUUCUAAUUCACAGCUUGAAACUAAACAAACCAAUGCUGAUUCACACAUCCAAGUAGAAAUUCCUAAAAGAAAAACCUCCAAAAAUUCUACAAACAGCCAAGAAAUAUCAAGAUUGAGUUCUUCCAAAUUUGACAAACAAAAAUUGAGAAUCUAUCGAUUUUUCACAAGCUCCAAAUUCAUUGGAUUACUCUUCCUGGUUGUUUAUGGAAUUCACUUGAUAAUUUACUUUUCAGUUGGAGUUGCAGAUUAUUACAAUGCCAUUAUUGCUGAAACAGAUAGAUUGAAUAGCUCAGUAUCUUCGUUCGUUCGGGGCACUCAUUUACUUUCGGUGGAAGGAUGUGGAAAUGGAACACUUGAUUUGGUGAUUAUGGCAAUUCAUUUUGGAGUUUAUGUGUUGAUUAUUUUUGGAUUAUUUGUGCUAGCUCUGUUUAUGAAGAAUGAUGUGUGGAAAAUUAAGUUGGAGCUGUUUUUAAUUUGUGUAGGAUGGUUGUUAUCAAGUUUAUUGUAUGCCAUACCUUCAUUCUUUACUGAUAUUAAUACUUUGUAA